UUUAGGUAUAUAUAGUGACUGUACCUCCACAUUGGGUACCAGUGUUGUUGACCUGACAUCAAAAUUCCAAUAUGUUGAAACUUAUCCUGUUGAGUGUAUGUAUCGCAAUGGCCUGCGCUUUCUAUGACAAAGGUUAUAAUGGAUAUGGACCAGGAUUUGGGGGUCACGGAGGUUACAGUAAGAUUAUUUAUGAUGGAUAUGACGGAUAUGGCAAAGGAUAUGGAUAUGGAGGAGUGAUAAAUGAUGGAUACGGAAAAGGUUAUGGUGGUCACGGCGGAUAUGGUGGUUACGGUGGAUAUAGGGGUUACGGUGGAUACGGAAAACAAUAUGGUGGAUACGGAUAUGGAGGAUAUGGUGGUCAUGGUGGAUACGGAAAAGGAUAUGGAUACGGUGGAUACGAUGGAGGAUAUGGAUAUGGAAACAGUAUCGGAUACGGAAGCGGAUUUGUGUCAGGAAAAGGGAAAAUAGGAGGUGGCUACUGAGACAUGAGAUUUAAGUCCGGAGUUGUUUGCUGAAAAAAAAACAACAUUAAGAGACUCUAAAAAUCUUUUUUAACAAUAAAAGUAUAUACUGA